GCGCCGCUGUGCUAAGGUUUCACCGAGCAGCUCCGCAAGACCGAGGGCCCUCGGUGUUCACAGCGGAGUGGCUGGGGCAUCAGACAGCCGCGCCGGCUCUCUCCAUGUGGAGUCGAACAAGGGUCUCCACAUUCCAUUCUGAAUGAACAGCGCCGCGUCCUCCGCCUCUCACCCUCCGCCGCUCUCGACGCGGGCAGCGGCAAUCAGGGCGGCGUCGCUGGCCCGUGGCACUUCUUCCGCGCCCUUGGUGAGUCGUGGCGGUGAACUCCGCACCAAUGACACCGAGUCUCGCGCCUUCAUCCAGCUGAGAGGAGCGCGGACGGCCUGCGUCGUCGCCGCCGCCUUCUCCAUCCUCGUCCACACGCUCCUCGCUCACGGCGUCGUGGUCGGCUCCUUCUGGUGCCCGCUCAGCCUGUGCGCAGAGAUGUGCGAUGAGCCGGCCGCUCUCACCGACUCGCUCCGCUGGCAGCGCCGCGUCCUCGCGGCCAUCUGCCUUAUGCUCGACUUUGGCGUCAUCGCCACCCACUGGCUGAUGCCGGUCCACCCAAAGUUUGUCGUCGUCAAGUCCCGCCGGCGGGUGAUGCGGGCGCACUUGCUCUCGGGCUCGCUGCAGUGCCUCGGCGGCCCCGCCUUCUUCGCGGCGCUGUACGGUGGCGGCCCGGCCGCCGCUCGCGCCGUCUGCGUCGCCCUUGCCGCGGUUGGCUUCGGCUUGCACGUGCCGGGCGCCCUGUACCUCCUCACCUCGGCCUUUGGCGCGGUGCGGAUCAUGAUCCCCGGCUUCCUGUACGCCACCUCGGCCUACGCGUACUCGCUCGGCAAGCUGCUGACCGCCACCGACGCGAGGCUCGAGCACGACUUCCUCUCCUACUGGCUCGUCCUCCACGUCUAUGCGAUGAACCGGCUGGUCUUCGCCCUCCUCACGCGCUUCAACCUGCUCGCCUCCGCGCGCUACACGCUCUCCAUCCUGAUCGGCCUCGCCAUCGCCAUGCCCGCCGCCCUCGGCUGGGCCUCCUUCGCCUUUUGCGUCUGCGCCAUCGUCGUCUUCAACCUCGCCUUCCUCGCCGCCGCCGACGAGGCGGGCAGCCGGCACCGCGCGCCCCUCGCCCUCCCCCCGGCGUCUCGCGCGACGCAAGACGUCUACUCGGCGAGCGGCUUCUCCAACGCCGCCCUGCUGCCGCGCCACUUUGUCACGCCCGAGGGCCUCGUCGUCGCGCCCGCCCUCGCGGCGGCGGAACGGUCCCUCUCUCCGCGCGAGCGCGCGAGGCUCGUCUUCGACAAGCUCGACACGUCGGGGGACGGGACCAUCUCCAAGGCGGAGCUCGGCGAGCUGCUCGUCUCGUGGGGGCUGCCGCGCUCCGACGCCGCCGCGUGCCUCGCCGAGGUGGACGGCGACCGGUCCGGCGCCAUCGGAUUCGACGAGUUCUUCCACCAGCUGGCGCCCGUGUGGGAGUUCGCUUGCGCCGUCGUCUCGUCCAACGCCAGUGUGGAGGCGCGGCUCGCGCGGCUGCUGCUGAGCGGAGGCGGGGCCGCGCCCAGUCAUAGAGGAACAGGAGGAAGCCCGGCGGCUUAACCGAUGCUUCGAAAAUUUGUAAUUUUUUUGUGUACCUGUGUUAUAGUCUAAUAUAGUGCCAGAGUGCGCGCCAGUCCCGUGCCCGUGUGCGCGGGCGUUUCUCGUGUGCGAGUGGACUCUCGGUAAAAUUAGGACCCUAC